CGUAGUUGAACCAGGAGAAAACAUGGUUGCAGACACAGAUGUCCGCGUGGUUCGUCGAGGUGGCAGUAAAAUCAAUUUUAGAUCGCCUGUUGUCAGCUAUGAUUCCAAGUUCCUCCUGUGUGCCUCUGGCGAGUGUCUGAAGGUGUACAGCACAGCCACAGAAGAGUGUAUUCACGAGCUACGGGGACACACUGAUCUGGUCACAGGCGUGCUGCUCAAACCCACCAACCACCUACAGGUCUACUCUUGUUCAGCAGAUGGCACUGUCAAGCUUUGGGACUUUGCAGACGGUAUCCUCAUUAAGUCUUAUAUUGUUGGAUAUCCAAUUUACUCCAUCUAUGCCUCUGCAUACCACGAAGGAGUCUUCUUUGUAGUUACCCCCACAGUAACAGAUAAAGGAACUGAGCUGUUCCAACUAGUGGCGGUACAUCUACCCCAGAGUGGAGAUCAGAUGGUGGAGUCCCUAGACUUUUCUGCUGUGCUUGCAGAUGUCACUCCCAACCCACAAUGCAUCGCCUUCGGAAGAGGGGGGGAGUAUGUUGUUUCAACCAAACGUUUGCAGUUGGAGGUCUUUUUCUUCAAGAAGGAGAAGUCAAACAGGUUUACACUGAAAGAAGACAACAAGAAGGGGGGUAAGAACACAUUUACAUGCAUUGCCUGUCACCCAAAAGAAGACUGCAUUGCCAGUGGACAUGAGGAUGGAAAGAUCCGUGUGUGGAGAAACAUCCACCACAAAAAGGAAUAUACAUACUCCAUCCUACACUGGCACCACAGUGCUGUCGGCUCGCUAUGCUUCACCCCAGAAGGUACAAACUUGCUAAGUGGAGGCUUGGAGUCUGUGCUCGUCCAGUGGAAAUAUGGCCAAGAGAGCCAGCGGGACUUUCUUCCCCGACUUGGGGGAGCAAUCACACAUGUCACGGUCUCCCCCGAUGGGUCACUGUUUUGCACCUCACAUGCUGAUAACAAAAUUACCCUCAUCCAGAGCUGUGUAAAAGUGUCUGCAGUAAUUCAGGGCCUCGUCCAAGGAAGAAGUAUAGCCACAGGCUUGAUGGUGGACCCUCAAAGCAAAGCAUUGGUACUAAAUGGGAAACCUGGCCAUCUGCAGUUUUACUCCCUUCAGAGAGACAAGCUGAUUUUUAAUUUGGACAUUGUGCAGCAAGAGUACAUUCAAGAGUCAGGAUUGCAGCAGUUUGAGGUGGCAAAGGCAGCUUUUGAUGCAUCUGGAAACUGGCUUGCAACUGUUGAAGAGAGGAAACAAAACGCUACAGAGUUGGAACAUUAUUUGAAACUGUGGGCAUUUGAUGGACAAACACAGAGCUUUGUGCUGAACACGACCAUCUCAGCCCCCCACGAGGCUCGGAUUACAGCCAUGUGCUUUUGUUCCACCGCAGUCAACCACAUGGCCACGCUGGUUUCCACCAGCAAGGACGGCCACUUCAAAGCCUGGCAGCAGGUUAUGCCCACCCACACAGAAGAUGAAGCUUCAUCAUGGAACUGUGAUUUUGUUGGAGCUUAUCACAGCCUGGUCCCGCAGUGCUGCUGUUUUUCAGCUGAUGGCUCUCUGCUUGCCGUCAGCUUUCAAGAGGUGGUGACUGUUUGGAGCCCCGCCUCCUGGGAGCUCCUAACAACUCUUUCCCAGCCUCCAGGUGACAUCAGGAAUCUUUGUUUUGGCCGACUAAGCUGCUCCAAAUAUUUGCUGGGGACUACAGAGAAGAACCUGGUCUGCUGGAAUCUCCUCACAUGCUCUUUGGAGUGGAGCACCUCCAUGGAAAUCAGCUUGCUGCUGGCUGACCCACUGUCUGAGAACAUGGCUGCUUUCUGCAGUCAAGAUGGAUGCACUAACUUAUUUGUCUUUAAGCCCUGUGAGCCACGGCCACUGUUUUGCCAGAAGGCAGUGUGUCCAGGGAAGGUGACGGGAGCUGUCUUUUCCCCGAGGGAGGUGAUACAAGAAAGCUGCAAGGAGAGCUGCCAAUGGCUAAACCAAUCCCAGCUGUACUUCCUUACCCAGCACAUGGACCUCAUGACAUUCAUCACCGAGGAGGAGGAGAACCAGCUGAUGGUGUCUAAUAAACAGCGUUUGAUCGAUGACGCUGUCGCCAUGACGCCAUUCCACCUGUUGCUGGGCAGCCGUCACCAAGAACAAGACGAUCCAAACUCCGUGAACAGCGAGACUGCAGAGACAACAGCACCUGCACGGGCCUCCGCUGCUGUCAAGGAGCUUCUGCAGACCCCAGCCCACGUCCUGCCCUCCACCCCUUUCCUCUGCUCCAUGUUUGUACAGUCCCUGCUCAUCUCUGUCACUGACUCCAGAGAAGAAAACCAUGCAGAGGAGGAAAUGGAGAGCGAGAAAGAGGAAGAGGACUCUGAGGAGGAAAUGGAAUGCAGCAUCUCGAGACCCAAGCAGGCGUCAGUGGAAGGUGAGGCAGCACAGGCCGCAGCCCCCACUCUCACAAGAGCACAGGCCAAAGAACUUCGGAAGGUGAAAAAACUAGACCACAGCUGGCUGAGCAGCCUCCUGGACUGCUUUGAAAAUGUUUAGAUACCAUUUGGCUAUUUGGACUGUGAAUAUGAACUUAACUGAAAUAGAAACGUGAAAGUCACAUUGAAUAUUUGUCAUUUUAUUGAUCUAUUUUACAAUAAAUAUCAUUAUUAAUGUUU